UGUGCCAUGUCCGGCGUGGGGACAGCUCGAGGGUCGCUGCCCGAAUGUCCCCAGUGCCGCCGACCCGUCCCCGCGGCGUCCCCUCACGGCCGCCCAACAUGGCGUCCCGCGGGCGCCGCCGCGCCCCCUCCUGGCCAGCGCCGGGCAGUGGCGGUCCCGCGGGAGAGGUGCCGCCCUCAGGGGAGCGCCUGAAGAGGGGACCCCGCAGCACCCCCUCAGGCGAGGGGGAUGCAGACCCCUGCCGGUACUUCCCGCAGCCCUGCCCGAGGCCCGGCAGGUCCCUCCCCAGUCAUGCUGAGGCUCAUCCCGCGUGGAUCGCGGCCACUCUUUCGCCAGCGGCGGUGUCGGCACUCGGGACUCUGAGGCCUGACUGCAUCUCUCCAGGCUGUAUCUAUGGCAAAAGUGAGAGAACAGCUCUCAGUCUAGAGAAAAGCCUGUCUGACAACCCCUUCCCCUGGUCCUACUGCUCCAUAAACCACACUGAGCACAUCAGGGCUGCUCCUGGUGCCCCAAAACCUAAUACAAUCCCACCCCAGGAAGGAGAGACACCUUGCUCAGAGAGCAGGAAGAAAAGCUGCUGGGCUCAGGCCCACUGUGUGAAAAGAGUAAUGUUCCAGAGCAUCUGUCCUGUCAUUGUGAGUGGAAGAAUGUGCUCACCUGCUCAGCCUCCCUGAUAAGCAGACAAAGACUGAAUCAUCUAAACUGCAAAUUGGCAUGUAAGAAAGUCCAGCUUUUUUCCCCAAGAUUUUAGACAUGGAAAAAAACCAAACCUGCAACUAAUCCUUGAACACACUCAAUCUAGUUCAACUAUAGAGGAAUUCAAACUCAACGGAGCUUUGAAGGAAAGAUCUCUGUAGAGGAAGAGAAUUUUAAAAACCUGAAGGACUCUGAAAAAGGGCUUAAUUACAUAAUUCUGUAGCAAUAGCUAAGUAUAUUUAUGCAGUGUUUACUUUUUAUGCUAAUUAUCUGUGCAUUUUUUCACUGCUGAGUCACAAUAAAUGCUUGA